GUUAAUAGCGCAGUGAUGUUUGGUUGUUGCUGAGCAAUGGGUGCAUGCCUCUGUGCUGGUAUGGGGCAGGCAGGGCCGGGCUGCAUGCUGCCUGCAGGUUGGACGUGCCUGCUCUAGAGUGUCACAAGCAGAGCUGCGUCCAGCCUGUUCCGUUCUCUUAAUUACGGUCACAAAGACUAACUCUCAUCCUAGUCUUGGGGUUAAAGAUUAUUCUAUGUGACAACGUGCUGCUUGGUUUUCUUCAAGGAAGAACUCACUGGUAGUAAUGCGAGUUGAAAGCUCUCUGAUGCUGCUAAGAUGUAGCAUGGGACCUGCCUUGUGGAAUGGUUAUUGGACAGUCUGCAAAAAGUAAGCGUCCGAAAGAACCAGGGGAAAACAAAAUCAAGCCUAUCAACAAAAAAGUAAAACCCAAAGGCCCAAAAAUGAAGGAAAGGGAACCUGUUGACUCCUCCUCCAAGUCCCAGUCCAUACUGAUGCAGGUGAUGGAUAAAGGCCGUUUCCAGAAACUAACUGCCACUUUAAGCCUGUCUGCAGGACAAAGCAUAGAACUGCGAUGUAAGGGGAGUAAUGUGACUUGGAGCUAUCCUUCAUACUUGGACACUUUUAAAGACUCCAGACUCAGUAUAAAGCAGUUGGACAAGUAUGGUCAGCUGAUCCUUACAAACUCCACUGCAGCAGACACAGGUGAAUAUAACUGCUGGCUUCAGCUGUGCAAUGGUAACAAAUGCAGGAAGGAUGAGACAAAAACAGGUUCAACGUACAUCUUCUUCACAGAUAAAGAGGAACUUUUUGUACCUACUCCCAGUUAUUUUGAGAUUGUGUACCUGAACCCAGAUAAACCUGCUGUCAUCCCAUGCCGUGUUACUACUCCUUCAGCAAAAGUUACUCUACACAGGGAAUUUCCAGCAGAAGAAAUUGAAACAGAUGGAAUUAAUAUUAUUUAUGAUGCAAAGAAGGGCUUUGUCUACCAGCACCCUACUUCUGAUCAUAAAGGCAUUGUCUACUGCAAAGCAGAGUCACAGGGAGCUCCUCAGAUUUCCAUCAAGUAUCACCUACUCUAUGUGGAAGUCCCCAAGGGCCCACCCUCGGCCACAAUUGUGGCAUCACCCAGUAGAGCCAAAGUCAGCGAUGGUAUCCACGUAGUCUGCACUGUCCUUGGGGAGCCAGAUGUGGAUGUGAACUUCAUCUGGCAGUACCCAGGACAAGAGCUGGAGAGGCCUGUGAUCAUCCAAAGCUUUUGGAGACUGAUAAACAGAGGGACUGGACACACCACAAGAAUCUCAAAGAGUGCUCUCAUUAUUGAGGAUUUUGAAGCCAGAGAUGCUGGAAACUAUAUUUGUAUAGCUCGGAACCUACAAGGAGCAACAACAGUGGCUACUAGAGUUGAACUGAACUAAUAGGAAAGGCUUCUGGACUCAUAAUGAACUAUAUGUCGCUUUGCAUUUUAACCAUUCUGGUUUUUUUGUUACUGUUUAAGUGUAAGUUUUCUCUAUUACUUUCUUUUCCAAUGUCAGUGCAUUCCAUUUUCACUAGAAUGACAGGGCAAAACAUGCCCUACACCUGGCUGUAAUCAGUUGUGAGUUAGAAAUACUAUAAAUAUACUACUAAGUUUAAUACUAUGAAGUGUAAUCCACUUGAAGCCUGAACAUGCAUAUGGCUUAUUGUACUUGGGAAUAGAUGCUCUUGCACUUUCCUUUGCAUGUGGCCUUUUUCCUCAAACUCUAUUACAACAUUCGCCUCCUGGAUGGUUUGUGCCUUUUUUCUCUGUGAAAGCUCAGAGGAUUUUUAAUAUCUUCAGAAAUCCACCAGUGCAGGUGCAUCUCUUCUGGUGCUGUGCAAUAUAAGAUUUAGAGUACUGUACAUGUUUAAAACAAACAAA